GCCCGUCCUGCUCCUUGCCCCUCACGUGGUACCUCCGCGGGGUGUUGCUUAGCGACAGGGCCCGCCCAGGCCCAGCGCCUGCGCUCGUUGGCGACGCGCGGACCGAACAUGGAGGUCGGAGGGGAGCGGAAGAGGCCGCGCGAGGAGGCGGCGCCAGGCUCGGGCCCGUCCGGGGAGGAGGAUGAAGGUUACGAGCCCUACGUGCCGGUCAAGCAGCGCAAGCAGGAGAUGCUGCAGAAGCUGCUACAGAUGCGCAGGAAGGGGGUGCUGGAGGAGGAGCAGAGGGACAGCAGCAAUGAGCACAGAGGGGAUGAAGAUGAUAUUCCUCUGGGCCCCCAGUCCAACGUCAGCCUUCUGGACCAGCACCAGCACCUUAAAGAGAAGGCGGAAGCGCGCAAGGAGUCGGCCAAGGAGAAGCAGCUGAAGGAGGAGGAAAAGAUCCUGGAGAGCGUGGCAGAGGGUCGAGCGUUGAUGUCUGUGAAGGAGAUGGCAAAGGGCAUCACCUACGAUGAUCCAAUUAAAACCAGCUGGAAGGCGCCACGUUACAUCCUGGGCAUGUCAGAGGCACGGCAUGACCGCGUGCGCAGAAAGUACCAUGUCCUAGUGGAGGGCGAGGGCAUCCCCCCACCCAUCAAGAGCUUCAAGGAAAUGAAGUUUCCGGCAGCUAUCCUGAGGGGCCUGAAGAAGAAGGGAAUCCAGCAGCCAACUCCCAUCCAGAUCCAGGGCAUCCCCACCAUCCUGUCUGGCAGGGAUAUGAUUGGCAUCGCAUUCACUGGCUCAGGGAAAACCCUGGUAUUCACGCUCCCCGUCAUCAUGUUCUGCCUGGAGCAGGAGAAACGGCUGCCAUUCUCCAAGAGAGAGGGACCCUAUGGACUCAUCAUCUGCCCCUCUAGGGAGCUGGCCAGGCAGACCCACGGCAUCCUUGAGUACUACUGCUGCCUGCUGCAUGAGGACAACCUGCCCCUGCUGCGCUGUGCCCUCUGCAUCGGGGGUAUGUCUGUCAAGGAGCAGAUGGAGACUAUCAAACACGGUGUGCACAUGAUGGUGGCUACCCCGGGCCGCCUCAUGGACCUGCUGCAGAAGAAGAUGGUGAGCCUGGACAUCUGUCGCUACCUGGCCCUGGAUGAGGCCGACAGGAUGAUCGACAUGGGCUUCGAAGGAGACAUCCGCACCAUCUUUUCUUACUUCAAGGGUCAGAGGCAGACCCUUCUCUUCAGUGCCACCAUGCCCAAGAAGAUCCAGAACUUUGCCAAGAGUGCCCUGGUGAAGCCUAUCACCAUCAACGUGGGGCGAGCUGGAGCUGCCAGCCUGGAUGUUAUACAGGAAGUGGAGUAUGUGAAGGAGGAAGCCAAGAUGGUGUACCUGCUAGAGUGCCUGCAGAAGACCCCGCCGCCCGUGCUGAUCUUUGCAGAGAAGAAGGCUGACGUGGACGCGAUCCACGAGUACCUGCUGCUCAAGGGCGUGGAAGCGGUGGCCAUUCACGGAGGGAAAGACCAGGAGGAGCGGACGAAGGCCAUUGAAGCCUUCCGGGACGGAAAGAAGGACGUCCUGGUUGCCACUGAUGUAGCCUCCAAGGGCUUGGAUUUCCCAGCCAUCCAGCACGUCAUCAACUACGACAUGCCGGAGGAGAUUGAGAACUACGUUCACCGAAUUGGGCGUACGGGCCGCUCAGGGAACACUGGCAUUGCCACCACCUUCAUCAACAAGGCCUGUGAUGAGUCUGUGCUCAUGGACUUGAAGGCGCUGUUGUUGGAGGCCAAGCAGAAGGUGCCCCCAGUGCUGCAGGUGCUCCACUGCGGGGACGAGACCAUGCUGGAUAUUGGAGAUGAGAGGGGCUGUGCCUUCUGUGGGGGCCUGGGUCACCGCAUCACCGACUGCCCCAAGCUGGAAGCCAUGCAGACCAAGCAAGUCAGCAACAUCGGCCGCAAGGACUACCUGGCACACAGCUCCAUGGACUUCUAGCCCAGGCUCCUGGGCUGCGCUGCUGCCUGCCGUGUGCUCGCUGGGCCAGGCAGGAGAGUUCCCUGAAGCCCAAUAGCCUUGGCAGCUGGCCCCACUUCUUCCCAAGAGCUGGGUCUGUCUACAGGCAGUGCCAUGCCCCUUCCCUUUGGGCUCCGACGUGUUGUAAGGUGCCCUGUGUUGUGUGGGCCAGGGGCCGGUGCUGCUCGGAGAGGAAGUACCGGAGCUAUGCUGCAAUGGUCCAUUACAUCAGCCAGCGUCACCAUGCAGCCAUGGGGCAAGCCGGGCCCCCAGCCCCAGCCUUAGCCUCGUGCAGGCCCCGCAAAGCCCCUGGGCACAGGAGAGCCCUGGCAGAGGCAAACCCCGGCCCUUGUCACGUGGGGCUGGGCCCAGUGACACCUGCUGAAGGUCUGGGGUUCUGAGGGGCGGGUGUGACUUGCCUUGGUUGAGUUGCUCGGGGCUGGAAGAGCAGCCGGAGGCUCUGGCUGACCCUCUGCUGCGGGCUGUGUCCGGCGCAGGCACUGGGCUCCUUCUCCAGGCUUGGCCGCCUGAACCCAGCAGUCCCCUGCAGGUGGCUGCUGCAGCCUCUGCCAUGCUUGUUUGGCCCUGCUGGGCUCCCUGGGGGCCGUUGCUCCCCCGCGCUGCCUGCCCUCACCCUACGCACCACAAAGGGGAAGUUAGCGAGAAAGGAAGUCUCCCCGCGCACUCACUCCACUGCAGCGGCCACCACUCUCCAUUACUGGCACCGCUGCCCUCCCCACGCUGCCGGGCUGGGUCCAUGGAGACCCCCGUGCAGGCCGGGAUCCUCUAUGUCCAGUACUUCAAAUUUGGAAAGGUAAAGGGGGAAGGGGUUGAGAGUGCUGGGCACAGGAGGGUGGGGAGGUGGGGGUUAGUCUUCAGGCCCACAAGAGGGGGUGGGGCCAGACCAGGCCCAGCAAAGCGGAGCAGGAGUGGCCCCUGGUCAUUGCCUCAGGACUGGCCAUGCUGUGUCUGAUCUCAACCCCUGCUGGCCCCAGGGCACAAGCUCCAGGCUGGGUGGGGCUUGCCCAGGCAGGCCCCCCCUGCCCCUGUGUUACUGAGCCAUUCCUGCCCCAGCUCUAAACUGUGUUGUGUGCUUAACUCUCACUGAAAUGUUAAUAAACAGACUUAAAACAAAAUCCAGAGCUGGGUGAGGGGUGUUUGAACAGGGAGUCCCACUUGCUGUGUGUGGGCAGAGUGGUGCACGGUGGGGGUGGGCCCCCUGCCUCUAUGCCAGCAGACCUGGGUGUUGUGAUUGCUGCAGGGAGCUAUGGGAGAUAACAGCUGGUGGUGGACAAAGGGGUCACCUAGCCCCCUGUCCCUUUGUGCUGUCUCUGGAGAAGGGCGGCUGCUGCUGCUGAAGCCUGGCUGGGGCAGGUGUGUUCUGCCGGGAGCAGGUUUCAGGACAGCUCCCCAUCAGUGUCAUUCUCCGUUGAGCAGCUGCAGGGUCCUACCUGGGCAGCUUCACCAAUGUGUCUCAUCCCUGCUGGGGUACUGGGAUUCAGUGCAAGAGCAGGCCUUGGGGGAGGGGUCUGAGUGGCUAUCAAGGGGGCCUGUGGGCACAGCUUCCUCCUGGCCAAGUUCCAGGCUUUGGGAGGCGGGAGUCCUCUCCACUUGGCCCCAUCUCAGCUGCGUUGCUGGACUGCCAUGUGCUCAGCCCCUCAGGGCUGGGGCUGUGGAAUGCGCCUGCCCCAUGGAGCAGUGUGGGGAGGUUUGAGAUGGUCCAUUCCUGGGGCGUCAUCCCAGCCUGUAGGGAACCUGCCUCUGGCUUUACCCUGGCUGGGGUACAGCUGAGAGCCCCUGGGCCUGGCCAUAACCACAGGCAGGGCCCUGACGGCAACUUGGCUGUGCCCCUGUCUGUGCUGAGGGUGGGCCCCUCGUCUGUGCCCAGUGGGGUGCCCCACAUGCAUGAGCUGAACAAAGAGCAGGGAAAUGCCCCUUUUGGGAAGGGAUGAGCCCUGUGUGCACAUAGGAACCGCUUGCAUGGGCAUAGGCAGCCACGGGAGGGGGGCUUAGCGCCUCCCCUUCCCCCCACCAGUGUAGGGUUUGGAUGAUGAACUAAAAGCUGUGCUGCUUUGGGAACUGCUCAUUUUAUUACACUGAGCAACACAGCUUGGCCGGGAACAGAUUUCCUCCUUGGGGAGCUGCUGCUGUUUUAUCCACAUGGAGUGCUUCCCCCCCCCCCCCCAAAAAAAAAACACUCUGGGCACCUGCUGGGGCAGGUAUUUAUGGCCUGGUGGGUGCUGUGAGCCAGGCUUGCCUGCCUUCCAUCCCAUAGUUUCUGCUGGGCCAGUCCCACUGAUCCAGCUUCAGCCACACUGUUCUGUCUUGCUCCCCUGGGGGUGGGGGGCUGCCCCCUCUCUCUCCCCCCUGCUGUGCUUCGGCAGGCCAUGUGCUGGCUGAUGCAGACCCUCCCCUGGGAGGAUGUGGCUGCUGCUGGCUCCAGGGCCUGGGCUCAUGCAGCAGAUGUGGGGCUGCUAUCGAGAAAACAAAUGGCUCAAAAUGGCUUAAUUUGCAUCAAGCUCUGGGCUAAAAACACCCCAGCAGCCCCAGCCCAGGGCCAAGGCCUAGCUGUGGAGAGGGCAGCCAUUGGGUACGGCAGGGAGCCCCGGAAUCAGGGCUCAGGGCCUCUACUGCCCAUUGCUGCUGGCCCCACGGAAGCCAUGAUUGGGGGCAGCUGUACUGGCCAGCUGCUAGUGUUGAGGCUU